CUUCACCACAUGAGAACUGUUUGAGUAUGAGAACUACAACCACAGAGACACGAGCGAUUUAAAAAUGCUUUUGUGCUGUUUAAUCUGGAUUGUUACGAUAAAAAAAGGUGUGUUUGGUGUUAAUGGAGAUGAGGUAAAGUCGGUGUCAGUGAUGGAGGGAGAUUCUGUCACUCUACACACUCAUCUUACUCACAUACAGAGACAAGAUCAGAUACUGUGGAUGUUUGGACCUCGUAUAGCAGAAAUCUAUAAGGAAAUUAUUGACAUGUUUGAUAGCAGGAAGACAUUUGGAGACAGACUGAAGCUGAAUAAUCAGACUGGAUCUCUCACCAUCACAAACAUCAGAACGGAACAUACUGGACUUUAUAAACUACAAAUCCGUAGUUACAGAGGAGAUUCAGACAAGAUAUUCAACGUCACUGUCUAUGCUCGUCUGCCCGUUCCUGUCAUCAUCAGAAACUCUUCACAAUGUUCUUCAUCAUUAGAAAAAUGUGUGUUGUUGUGUUCAGUGAUGAAUGUGACACAUGUGAGUCUCUCCUGGUACAAAGGAAACAGUUUAUUGUCCAGCAUCAGUGUGUCUGAUCUCAACAUCAGACUCUCUCUACCUCUGGAGGUGGAAUAUCAGGAUACAAACACAUACAGAUGUGUGGUGAACAAUCCCAUCACAAACCACACACAACAUCUCAACCUCAAUGAUGUCUGUCAGCUGUGUUCAGGCUCUGUGGAGUUACACAGUCAUUUGAAGAGAUUGACUCCCUCAUUGGUUUAUGCUCUGGUGGGUGUGACUGCUACGGCUCUACUCGUUUAUUACUUCAGAUCUAAACAAGAGCCAAAAAUAAAAACACCUGUUUAAUGCAUACAUUUUUUUACACUUUAUCUGUAAACAUAAUGCCACACAAUUUAAGAACUUAUUUUCCAAUACUAGAGCUGAAGGUGGCCUUUAUUUGAUAAUUUCGUGGACAUCACAAACACAUUUAAAAUGAAUAAAGGUGUCUUGCUAAAAAUUAUUUACUGUUCUUUAUUCCAAAUGUCUAGUUUAUUUCACUAUUUGUUUUAUUCUCAUUGUAUCAUAUUGCAUCAUGAGAAAUGAAUGUCUUCAUCUUCGUGUAUGUUUUUAUACAUAAUGUUGCAUUAAAAACACUGUCAAUGUAAUCUUUUUAACUCCCACUAGGUGGUGGUGAUGGCUAUAUGUAAAGCUUUCUGAAGCAGCACAUAUUUAAAUGGACAUCCAUCUGGUCAAAGAGCCACAACAAAGCCGAAGCUGUAAAUCCAGUUUGUUUUACUUUCGCUUUAUGAUCACAGUAUUUCAAAACGAAGACAUUUUUUUUGGUGCUUGGUCAUUAUUUCAAUUAAAUGAACAUAAUGGUAAUGAAUAAACUUCAAAAGCAAGCAACGCACCAACCAUCAGUUGUCUUUACUAUCCUACAUCCAUUUGCUUUAUGGUCUUUGUUAUAUACUAAAGAUGCUGUAACUUGAUAUUCAGCAGGGAAUUGCACUUUAGAAUCCAUUAGCGAAAGCCCUUAUCCAAACAUUCAACAGUGUUGUCUUAUAAACAUGUUUUUUGAUAACCUUGAAUAUUAAAACAUGCAGAUGCAGUACACAGUGUAUGUGCAAUGAAAUUGCUGAUUAACUACAGAACAAAAAGGUUUAAACAUCAUUAUAUUUAUACCAGAACGAAGAGCAUUAUGAGUCGGUCUG